AUGAAUGCUUUCUCAAAAACAUUUUCGAACGCAACAAUUACUGGUUGCUUCUUCCAUUAUUCACAAUGUCUUUGGCGAAAAGUUCAAGAUUCAAAACUUACACGACUAGUAUCACGCAAUGCCAGCAGCAACGAUUUUUCCGAUGAUGACAAGAAGCGAGCUGAUCAUUGGUUUUUAGCGGCUGUGGGAUUAGCUCUUAUUCCACCAUCACUGGUAGAAUCGGUAUGGACUGAAGCGAUGGAUGCUUAUACUCCUGAAUCUCGUAAUGCUGAAGAAUUUAAUGAUUAUAUGGUGGAAAAUUACGUUUGUCAAGAAUCUGCACGCUUUACCGUUGAUAUUUGGAAUGUCUAUAAUAACAUUCGAAACAAGUUACCUCGCACAAAUAACGCUGUUUAA